UUUAUUUAGUAGCUAAAAAUGGAUGAGUUACUAGGUGAGGCUGACACGUAACAUCAGCCUCAUGUAGUGUUCAUUAUAAAAGACUCUGAUUUUUAUAACUUUUUCAACAUGAUUUUAAAAAUGAAAACAAUAAAAUAACAGACAAGAAGCGAUGCAGUCUGAAUUGUCCUCUGAAUGGCUGCUCACGCUGUCGUAGGAACGCUUCUGUUCUCCCGGUUGCGGGUCGGCAUGUUUUUUGUGGGACACAUUGCGACACGUGAAUUGGUAUCCAGCUCGUUAGCUCCCUUAGCCGUGUUCACACAGGACUCACACUUUAGCUCAGAUGAUCUUUGAUGGGUGAAUGUCCAGAGGACUGUAACUUCUGUAAGUGAUCGUAAUUGCUUCCUUGUAGGUAACGCUAGUUAAAGAGUCAUUUAUUAGACUGGGACGAGGUAACGAGUUCAGAAGCUCGUUAUUGAGUUUAAUGAUUCAGUUACAUUUCACGUCAUUUUGAUAUCAACAUCAUUUAGCCAGAGAGGCGUAUCUGAUUAUUAAAGCUGAACAACUCAGACAGUCACGCGUGUAAACAUGACGCAUCCUGAGCCCAGCCCGGGCGCCGCGCGCCUCUUCCUGGAGGUGUCCACCGUACACGGCGCUCCGAGUCUUCCUCUGCACUCCGCCAUCAGCCUCUUCCUCCUGUCCUACACCGAGUGCACGUCCGUCCACGUGCACUUGGUCUGGACUCGCGCCGGCAGCGCGCGGGCCCUGUCGGGCGCGCUCCCGAGGAGCCUGCCCGUGUCCGAGCUGAAGCGCGAGGACGCUCCGCCGCUGGUGCGGUCGUGCCGCCUCCCCGCGGUACUGGAGGCCGAUGGCCGCUUCUGCAGAGCGGGGCUGGCGGUGGUGCUGAGGUGCAUCAUCCAGAGAAGCUGCCUGGAGCGGCACGGGCGCCGAGAUGUGGCCUCCCUUCUGGGCUUCAAGGGCACGUGCCUGAAAGCUUGCGCCGAGGUGAGCCAGUGGACCAGGCUGUGUGAGAUGGACAUCCCCUCAGCCGUGGAGGAGCACCUGCUCAGCCCCACAGAGGAAGGCCUCCAGGUUCCUGCCGCCAUCCUGCACCUGGAGCAUUGCCUGGCCGAGCCGGUCAGGGUGCACAAUGACGAUAAGCUCCGCAGGAAUAAGCUCCGGCAGCAGAGGAACGCCAGGAGCGUCCAGCCAGGGGCCCCGGGGGAAGGAGGACAGCAGGUCUGCCCUACUGAGCCCCAGGGGGAGGACCCGAGGGCGGAGCCUCGUCUGGCACAGCCCUCUGAAGGAGUCGAGCUGAGCGCCGCUCUGGCCAAGCUCUCUGUGGAUGCAGUUCCGGCCGCCGCCACCAGGGAGUGCUCCGACAUAAGACGAGUGAAAACAGCCGAGCUGCCGGACCUGGAGCAUGUGUUCGCCGAGGGCUUGUACUUCACCUUGACCGACGUUGUCCUGCUGCCCUGCGUCUAUCGCUACCUGAGCUCCCUGGCGCAGCAUGCGCCCCACACACUGGACAGACUCCCCCUCCUCCUGCGCUGGUACGCUCGCGUGCGGGAGCUCCCCGCCAUCGUCCGCGCGGCCCACGACUGUGGCAUGUCUCUCUCCAGCCCCCAGAGGAGCCGGACAUUCUCCCCUGCGCCGGGGACUCCUUGGCCUGGGGACGCCCAGCAGGAAAGCCCCAGGCCUUCGGAGGAGCACUUUGUUGGGGGCCCUAGACCCACGCUCACCAAACUCCAAGAAAAUGGCAUUGAUGCUGUCUUCUCUCCACACCCCUGCCCAUCAUGGUCCCUCCACUGGGAGACCUUGCCUUCUGCUGUGAGCCCCACUGAAGGCAAGAUGUCUGCCUCUCGUGCUGUCCGCAAGCAGCAGCAGCUAAACAACCUGGUUGCCAUGGUGAUGGAGCUGGCCCGUCCAGGUCACACUAUUGUGGACUUCUGUAGUGGCGGAGGUCACCUUGGGAUUGUGCUGGCGCACACACUUCCCAAGUGCCAGGUCAUUCUCGUGGAAAACAAGGAAGAGUCUCUGGCGAGGGCGAGAGAGAGGAGUUCCCAGCUCAGCCUUCCGAACGUGUCCUUCAUCCAGGCCAACCUCGACUACUUCACCGGACCUUUCCACGUAGGGGUAGCUCUCCAUGCAUGCGGCGUAGCUACAGACAUGGUGGUGGAUCGCUGUGUGCAGGCGAGAGCAGGGUUUGUGGUCAGUCCGUGCUGUUAUGGCUUUAUCCAGAACACACUCAAGUUCAAUUUCCCCAGGAGCAAGAAAUUUGCAGAGACGGUGACAUGCAAGGAGCACAUGAUCCUCUGUAGGUUUGCUGACCAGACUGCUGUCCAGCUGCCUGCCGAGCGCCGCUCGAUUGGGAAACGCUGCAUGGGCCUAGUGGACCUGGACCGUGGCUGGGCCGCAGAGGCUCAUGGGUACUCGGUGAGGGUGAUGACCAUGGAACCGGAGAGCUGCUCGCCAAAGAACAACAUGUUAGUUGGGAUCCUGGCAGAAAAGGACACCGCAGGACAUUAACACAGGACGUAGACCGUAUCCAUCAUCAGGAACAUCGUCCUGUAAAACUGGACUAGAUUCUGUAAGACAGCCGUAGGUGUCAGGAUGGAACUGGUUAUCGAAUGUGACUUUUCACUGAGAUGGUGGUGCGAUUGUUUUGUUUUUGGUUUUAAAUUUGCAAGAACUCUUUUACAUUUUAAUGUGGACUGACUCUAGACUCUAGCCUCAGUUUCCUCAACGCUACACAGUCCACAGCCACUGCGCUAAAUUAAAAUGCUGCCUCAGACGUUUUUAAGUAAAUGAAGUCUGAAUCUGUUAUGCAUCUGGCAUUUCCUCCAUCAUUAUUUCCCAUUAUUUCCCAAAACAAAGGCGCUCAUCUCAGAAGAGGCUGCGUCCUUCCUGUUAUUACUGAUAGAAAAUGAUUCAUUGUAAUCUGUUGCUCUGCCCUUGUGGGAAAGCAGUGUUGCAUUUUUAAAAUUUCUAUCUUCAGAAAUAUUAGAUUAAAAUAAUUAUGAAUGAC